AUGACUUCAGAUACCCAGCCUGGAUCUGUACAACCCCUAAAGACCGUAGAUGGUCUGGCAGUACCUGCAAAUAUUACAAUUCCACCUCCAGAAGUGCGCACAGUAGUUGAAAAAACUGCUGCUUACGUUGUGCGCAAUGGCCGCGCGUUCGAGGCGCGAAUCCGCGAAAACGAACAAGAAAACGCCAAAUUUAACUUUAUCAAAUUCAACGACCCAUACUUUGCAUUCUAUGAAUGGAGACUUAAAGAAUUAGAAACAGGUGGACCUGGUGCUGGUGAUGCUGGUGCUGGUGCUGGUGCUGGUACUACUGUAAAAACAUUGGCUGGCACAGGUGGUGCGGCCAAAGACGCCACCGGAAUUACCAAACCAGAACCACUGGAGUUUGCAUAUACCCUUCCACCGCUUUCAGCUCAAGACCUGGAUAUAAUUAAACUGACUGCUUUGUAUGUUGCACGGAACGGGACCCAAUUUCAGACAGCAUUGGCACGAGCUGAGGCAAAGAACUUCCAGUACGAUUUCCUACGACCUCAGCACUCACUUUUCCCACUUUAUAACUCGCUUGUCGAACAAUACAAAUCUGUAAUUACACCUCCAGCAAAGUUGAUUGAACGUAUCAAAACCAGUGCACAUGACCCGUUUUCAGUUAUUAACAGGGCACGUAUUCGAGCAGAAUGGGACGCGCGACAAGCUACUGAGACUGAAAAGGCAGCAGCAGAUGCGCGUGCGGAACGCGAAGCUUAUGCAAACAUCGACUGGCAUGACUUUGUGGUAGUAGAAACAAUUAAAUUUACAGAUGCUGAUGAGCGUAAUAAUAAUCUACCGGCACCUUUAUCUCGUGCACAGCUCGAGUACGCAUCUCUGGAACAAAAGCGCAUGGGAAGUCUGCGUAUCGAAGAGGCACCACCAGACUUUGUAGAAGAACAGAAACAGGAAGUAAAAAGUGCACCAGCACAAGCACAAGCACAAACACAAACACAAGUAGCAUCAGCAUCAGCAUCAGCAUCGGUAUCUUCUACUGCUCCUCCUGUUAGAGGGAAAGUCCCUGCUUCUCUGCCAAAUACACCGCGGCCCCCACAACAACCCCCACAAGCACAGUCACAACAAGUUCCUCAAGUUUCGUCCACACUACCUCCAGGUAUGAAGAUCAAGUCAGCAGGAACAUCGCGUCUCAACAAGCUAAAGGCUUCUGGUGGUUCUGGAGGGAAAGAUCAGAUGGUGGUAUCUCCAUUAACUGGUGAGCUUGUUCCACAGUCACAAUUAGAAGAACAUAUGCGUAUUUCACUUAUGGAUCCCAAAUGGAAAGAACAAAAGACAAUUGCUGAGUCACGGCAAGCUACUACGAACUUGUCAACGGCCGAAGUUACUGCCAAUAUUAAGAGGCUGGUACCACGGGAUGAUGACGAAGAAGAUGCAGAAGAUAGUCAGCAUAUACAUAAGCGUGCUAGAGAUAUUCAGUGGGACGGAUACAGUCGGUCUAAGGAUCAGGUUAGACAACAAGCAGCUUCUUCGACCUCUGCACAACAAAAACUAGAAGCCAAGCAACGAGAAAUGGAGCGUUUGAAUAAGAUUGGUCCAAGGCCAACAUAA